UCAAAUUUAAAAAUAUACAUUAAAAAUCGUUUUGUGUUCAUCUCCCCCACUUUUUGAAUUCUUCCUUCCUCUCCUUGUUUUUCAUCAAUUUUGUCUUCCAACUGUUUCUCCCAACCAAUGAUUAUUCCCAGCACGCUGCUAAAGUAACCCCUUCUCUUUCGUUUCUUCCACUAUACAAAUAAAAUGUUGUUAUUCAUUCAAUAGUGGUUUUAUUUUAACCUUUUUUUAAUCUUUGAAAAUUUUUUUUUGUUUUUUUAAAGACGAAACUGUUGAACAAAACAGUUUUAGGGGGGUUUUCUUCUCCUAUUCCUUCCCUUAACUGUCCAAAAAAGCUUUCUAAAAAAUUUAUUCUUCCUUCUUUUGUGUUUUUAUAUGUUCAUUUGUUAAAUUAAUUCAUUUAAAAAUUAUUUCCCCUCGGUGGGAUUCGAACCUUCGACCUCUUCCCCUCAAUUUUCAAAAAUUAUCCCACUACACCAAAAAGGCAAAUUUUGCUAUUUUCGUUCCUUUUUCAGUCUAAAAUGUUUUCAGAUAUUUUUUAAUUUUUUAAAAAUUUUUCUAGGGGUAAAAAAAAUUUUUUUUGAAAAAACUUUCCCUUAAAUUUUUUAAUUUUUCAGUUAAUUCUUCAACUUCUCAAAUAUUUUCUCAAAAUUGUACAAAUAAAAAUUUUGAAAUGUUGAAUAAUAAUGAAGAUGAAAUUGAUGAGCAUAUUCCGACAACACCAGACCCAAAUUCAUUCAAAUUACAACCACACGAAUUAAAUCAAUUCCCAGACGAAAUUUUUGAUAUUGUCAGUAAAGUUGGGGAAGGCUCAUAUGGGUCAGUCCAUAAAGCAUUACAUAAAUCUAGUGGGCGUUCUUUGGCUAUUAAAAUGGUACCAGUAGACACAGAUUUACAAGAAAUAAUUAAAGAAAUUACAAUAAUGCAGCAAUGUGAUUCUCGGCAUGUAGUUAAAUAUUAUGGAAGUUAUUUCAAAAAUUCUGAUCUCUGGAUUGUAAUGGAAUAUUGCGGUGCUGGUUCCGUUUCCGAUAUAAUGCGGUUAAGACGUAAAACUUUGGAUGAAUUCGAAAUUAGUGCAAUAUUAAAAGACACACUUUUGGGGCUUUUUUAUCUUCAUGGAAUGAAAAAAAUACAUAGAGAUAUUAAAGCAGGAAAUAUUUUAUUAAAUAUGGACGGAAAUGCAAAACUGGCAGAUUUUGGAGUGGCUGGGCAAAUAACUGAUACAAUGGCUAAGAGAAACACUGUUAUUGGAACUCCUUUUUGGAUGGCCCCAGAAUUGAUACAAGAAGUUGGUUAUGAUAUGAAAGCAGAUAUUUGGUCUUUGGGAAUAACAGCUAUAGAAAUGGCUGAAGGAAGACCUCCACAUGCUGAAAUACAUCCAAUGAGGGCAAUUUUUAUGAUACCUACAAAACCUCCUCCAACACUCAAAGUUCCCCAAGAUUGGAGUCCAUCAUUUCUCGAUUUAAUUUCAAAAUGUUUGGUUAAAAAUCCGGAAGAGAGGACAACGGCUAAAUGUUUGCUUGAGCACGAAUUUAUAAAAUCGGCUAAAGGAGCAAAAGUAUUGAGAGAAAUGAUUGCAAAUGCUCAAGAUGUUGCUGCACAAUAUUUAUUGCAAGAAGCGCAAUAUUCCCACAUCCAACAACAGCAAACUUCAAUUUCAGAAUUCGAUACAAAUUCAACAAUGGUUUCAAAUUCAGAAAGAAAAAAUUCUUCAACCAAAAAUAGUUUAAUAAUUAAUUCAGAAACUAUGGGUAGUGGAGUUAAUAAUAAUGAUACAUUGUUAACUAAUUUUGACGAUGGAACCUUGAUACAAUAUGGGGAGAGUAUUAGACAUGGUAAGGGGAGGGGAGAGGAGAGGAGAGGGGAUUCUGAAAAAAUCAGAAUUUAA